CCCGAACCAAGUCCUGCACAUUUUUCAACUACGAGUCAUUCAGGAAGCGUGACACGAUGGGACAAAGCAAGCACUUUCACGUCCAAGGACAGAACGUCGUCAUUGCCGGUGGAUCAAAGGGUCUGGGCCGUGAACUCGCCAUCCUACUCACCCAGCAAGGCGCCCAUGUCACCAUUCUGGCGCGAAGCCCGGGUCCACUGGAAGAGACCCGUCAGGAGCUCCUCUCACACACCCAGUCGGCCGAUCAGGUCAUUCAGGCUGAGUCCCUAGAUCUGACCGACCCUACCAAGGUGCAAGCCUUCAUCACGAGUCUUCCCACCCCACCCACCAUCCUCCUCAUCGUCGCCGGCGGGGUGGCCGCGCAGGUCGGCUUCUUCGCCUCCCUGACCCCGCAGGAGAUCAAGGACUGCAUGGACGCGAACUACUUUGCGGCUGCGUACAUCGCGCAUGCCUGCCUCCGGCGGUGGGUGAAGGAGCCCCCGUUCCCGCCCGCCGCCAACGCCAAACGCCACUUGAUCUUCACCGCCUCCACGGCCGCCUUCCUGGGGCUGCCGGGCUACGGGGCCUACGCGCCCGCCAAGGCCGCCAUGCGCGCCCUGGCCGACACCCUGCGCGCGGAGGCGCUGCUCUACCGCGCGCAGCAGGAGAUCCGCGUGCACUGCGCCUUCCCGGGGACGAUCUACACGGAUGCGUUCUACCAAGAGCAGAUCCGCAAGCCGAAGCUCCUGAAGGAGCUGGAGGGCUCUGCGGAGGAUCAGGGCGGGCUGCCGGCGAGGCGGAUCGCGGAGUUGAUGCUGCAGGGGCUGCAGGCGGGACGGUUUUUCGUGACGAUGGACGGGGAGACGGAGUUGCUGAUGAACAAUAUGCGGGGGCCGAGCCCGCGGGACCGUCCGAUCAGGGACUGGGUGAUGGGGUUAGUGGCGUCCUUGGUGUGGCCGGUAUAUCGGUGGAAGUUUGAUCGGCGGACGGUGGAGUAUGGGAGGGGGGAGAUGACGAGCCAGGAGGGAGGGAAAGAGUAGAGUGUGUGUGGCAGGCUGAAAGGGUCUUUACAUAUGUCUAAGUUGAUACCUACU